AUGGCAAGACCAAGAGUUUCAGAGAUGUCUCAGAGGCAACAAGCUCCGAGGUUGAGGACAUUGUCAACUACUUCUGCCUCGAAUCAACCCAACCGUCUGAUCACUACUGACCGGAGUUCUAAGCUUGGUGUUGUUGACCGUAGAUCUCCUAGAAGCGGUGGUGGUGGGGCUCGCAGUGACCCACUUGGUCAGAAGAAACUUGGGGGAAGAAUAUCGGAUAUAGAGUCGCAGUUAGGACAGGCGCAGGAGGAACUGAGAUUGCUCAAAGUGCAGUUGGCAAAUGCUGAAGAUGUCAAGAAACAAGCUCAACCUGAGCUUCUUCAUGAUAACAAGAAACCAAACCCUCUAACUCGUGUGAAAGGGUCUGCUUCUGAGGCUGAUACAGUUGAUAGAGACGAAAUCCCUGGUGAUGUGCAGAAAGAGACUGAUGUGUUUGAGGUACCUGUUCAGAAGAUUGAGGUACUAGCAGAAGAAGAAGCAAAGGAAGACGAGAUCAAGAUGUUGAAAGCUAAACUUUAUGACAUGGAGAAAGAACAUGAAUCACUAGGCAAAGAAAACGAGAGCUUGAAGAAUCAGUUAAGCAACUCGGUUUCAGAGAUGUCUAACGUGAAAGCUAGUGAAGACGAGAUGGCUUCAAAGGUGAGUCGGAUCGGGGAAGAGUUAGAAGAAAGCAGAGCAAAGACAGCUCAGCUUAAGGAGAGGCUAGAGUCCACGGAAGAAGCAAAAGCAGCGUUAGAGACUGAGAUGAAGAAGCUGAGGGUUCAAACCGAGCAGUGGAGGAAGGCGGCAGAUGCUGCAGCUGCAGUUCUUUCUGGAGAGUUUGAAAUGAAUGGUAGGGAGCGGUACGGGUCAGGGGAGAAGUGUUUUGCAAAUGGGUUGUUUGACCCGAGUGCAGUGGUUGGGUUUGUGGAACCGUCAGGAAUGGGUGAUGAUUCUGAGGAUGGAUUUGGAAGUGGGAAGAGGAAGAGCUCUGGGAUGAAGAUGUUUGGUGAGUUGUGGAAGAAGAAAGGGCAAAAGUGA